UACAUCACAGAGGAGAGAAGGAGAGAGCUUGUGCAACAGUAUAAAUCUGGAGCAAUCACUAUUGAACGCUUCAUGGAGAUUAUCCUAGCAAGUAUUCAACAAAAGACUACCACCACAAUAACCACAACAUCUUCAGUGUCAACAUACACACCACCACCUGAGACAAAGUCAGAGAAAACAACCAUCACCACAACAACCACAGAGACAAGCUUCCAUGGUAUCAGGAAGAAUGUCACCGCUGGCGAGCUGCUUGCCUCAAAAAUUAUUGACAAGAAACUCUAUGAAGACCUCAACACAGGAAAAGUCACAGUGAACCAAGUGAGUGAAAUGGACUCAGUACACAAGUACUUGGAGGGAACUAAUAGCAUUGCAGGUGUAUAUGUUCAGUCCACCAAACAGACCAUGAGCAUCUACGAGGCCAAAUCCAAAGGUCUUCUAACUCCUGGAACCUCUCUGGUUCUGCUGGAGGCUCAAGCUGCCACUGGAUUUGUCAUUGACCCAGUGAAGAACAAGAAGCUCUCUGUAGAAGAGGCAGCCGCUCAAGGUGUGGUUGGGAACGAGUGGAAGAACAAACUGCUUUCAGCAGAGAGGGCAGUCACUGGAUACAAAGAUCCCUACACAGGAAACACAAUUUCCUUGUUCCAGGCCUUGAAAAAGGAUCUAAUUGUCAAGGACCAUGGAAUUCGCCUUCUUGAGGCACAGAUUGCAACUGGUGGAAUCAUCGAUCCAGUGUACAGUCAUAGAGUGCCAGUAGAGGUGGCGUACCAGAGAGGAUACUUUGAUGAGGAAAUGAACCAGAUCCUCGAUGACCCUGAUGAUGACACCAAGGGCUUUUUUGACCCCAACACACAAGAAAACCUCACCUACCUGCAGCUUGUGGAGAGGUGUGACAGACCCAGAUACUGGCCUUAGCUUACUCGUAAUUGU